AUGAGGCUCGCGGGCUGGGGGCUGCGCUGGGCCAUCGCCCUGCUCAUAGCUGCGGGGGAUGCUGCAGUGGAAGACAACUGUGGGAGAAACGAGUUUCAGUGCCGAGAUGGGAAAUGCAUCUCCUAUAAGUGGGUCUGUGAUGGGACUGCUGAGUGCCAAGACGGCUCUGAUGAAUCCCAGGAGACGUGCAAGUCUGUCACCUGCAAGAUGGGGGACUUCAGCUGUGGGGGCCGUGUCAUCCGCUGCGUUCCAGAGUCCUGGAGAUGCGAUGGCCAGGUGGACUGCGAGAACGGCUCGGACGAGGAAGGCUGUCCCCCCAAGACGUGCUCCCAGGAUGAGUUCCGCUGCAGUGACGGCAAGUGCAUUGCCCCAAAGUUUGUCUGUGACUUAGACCUGGACUGCUUAGACGGCUCGGAUGAGGCGUCCUGCCCGAUGCCCACCUGCGGCCCCGCCAACUUCCAGUGCAACAGCUCCAUGUGCAUCCCCCAGCUCUGGGCCUGCGACGGCGACCCUGACUGCGAUGAUGGCUCAGACGAGUGGCCAAGGCACUGUGGGAGCCCCCACCCAUCAGGCCCCCUGCAGGACAACAACCCCUGCUCGGCCCUCGAGUUCCACUGCGGCAGUGGCGAGUGCAUCCACUCCAGCUGGCAUUGCGACCAUGAUCCUGACUGCAAGGACAAGUCUGACGAGGAAAACUGCGCUGUGGCCACGUGCCGGCCUGAUGAAUUCCAGUGCUCGGAUGGGACCUGCAUCCAUGGCAGCCGGCAGUGCGACAGGGAGCCUGACUGUAAGGACCUGAGUGACGAGCUGGGCUGCGUCAACGUGACUCUUUGCGAGGGGCCCAACAAGUUCAAGUGCCAAAGCGGUGAGUGCAUCUCCCUGGACAAAGUGUGCAACUCCAUCAGGGACUGCCGGGACUGGUCGGACGAGCCCCUCAAGGACUGUGGGACCAACGAGUGUCUGGACAACAAGGGAGGCUGCUCUCACAUCUGCAACGACCUCAAGAUUGGCUACGAGUGCCUGUGUCCUGAAGGCUUCCAGCUAGUGGACAAGCACAGAUGUGAAGAUAUCGAUGAGUGUCAGAAUCCUGACACCUGCAGCCAGCUCUGUGUGAACCUCGAGGGCAGCUACAAAUGCGAGUGCGAAGAGGGUUUCCGGCUGGAGCCCCUCACCAAGGCCUGCAAGGCUGUGGGAACCAUUGCCUACCUCUUCUUCACCAACCGCCACGAAGUGAGGAAGAUGACUCUGGACCGAAGUGAGUACACCAGCCUUAUCCCCAACCUUAAGAAUGUGGUCGCCCUGGACACGGAGGUGGCCAGUAACAGGAUCUACUGGUCUGACCUGUCCCAGAGGAAGAUCUAUAGUGCCCAGAUUGACGGAGCCCCCGGCUUCUCCUCCUACGACACCAUCAUUGGCGAGGAUCUCCAGGCCCCUGACGGGCUAGCGGUGGACUGGAUCCACAGCAACAUCUAUUGGACCGACUCUAUCCUGGGCACCGUCUCCGUGGCCGACACCAAAGGCGUGAAGAGGAAGACACUUUUCCAGGAGGAAGGCUCCAAGCCACGGGCCAUUGUGGUGGAUCCUGUCCACGGCUUCAUGUAUUGGACCGACUGGGGCACCCCUGCUGAGAUCAAGAAGGGGGGCCUCAACGGCGUGGACGUUUAUUCGCUGGUGACCGAGGACAUCCAGUGGCCCAAUGGCAUCACUCUGGAUCUUUCUGGCGGCCGCCUCUACUGGGUUGACUCCAAACUGCACUCCAUCUCCAGCAUUGACUUCAACGGGGGCAACCGGAGGACCGUGCUGGAGGACAAGAAGAAGCUGGCGCACCCUUUCUCCUUGGCCAUCUUUGAGGAUAAAGUAUUUUGGACAGAUAUUAUCAACGAAGCCAUUUUUAGUGCCAACCGCCUCACAGGCUCAGACAUCAACCUGAUGGCGGAAAACCUGUUAUCUCCGGAGGACAUUGUCCUUUUCCACAACCUCACACAGCCGAGAGGGGUGAACUGGUGUGAGAGGACGGCCCUCCGCAAUGGUGGCUGCCAGUACCUGUGUCUGCCAGCCCCACAGAUCAACCCCCGCUCACCCAAGUUCACCUGUGCCUGCCCCGACAGCAUGCUGCUGGCCAAGGACAUGAGAAGCUGCCUCACAGAGUCUGAAUCUGCAGUGACCAUCCACGGACCCUCCAUGGGCAGCUCAACAGCUGUGGGGCCAAAGCGCACAGCCAGGCCUGAGCUCACCACAGCCGAGUCAGUGACAAUCUCCCAACAAGCCCUGGGUGACAUUGCCAACCGAGCAGACACGGAGAAGCCCGGGAGCGUGGGUGCCCUAUACAUCGUCCUCCCCAUCGCACUGCUCAUCCUCCUGGCCUUCGGGACCUUCCUCCUCUGGAAGAACUGGCGGCUCAAGAGCAUCAACAGCAUCAACUUUGACAACCCUGUGUACCAGAAGACCACGGAGGACGAGGUCCACAUCUGCCGCAGCCAGGACGGCUACACCUACCCCUCGAGACAGAUGGUCAGCCUGGAGGAUGACGUGGCAUAA